ACUGAAGAUUAUCUCAAGCACAAGAUCAGAAGCAGACCUGAGAGGUCAGACCUGGUGAAUAUGCACAUUCUGCAAGACUCGGCUGCAGAAGGGUCCAUUCAGUCCACUCAAAUGAAGCUGAAAAGAGCCCGACUGGCAGAUGACCUCAAUGAAAAGAUUGCGCUCAGGCCGGGUCCUUUGGAGCUGGUGGAAAAGAAUAUUAUUCCCGUGGACUCGGCUGUGAAAGAGGCCAUAAAAGGCACCCAGGGCGGCUUUCCCCGGCAGACCGACGCCUUCGCCUUCGAGGAGGACAGCAGCAAUGACGGGCUGUCCCCGGAGCGGCCCCGCAGCCGCUGCUCCCCGGGCCCCGCCGAGCCGUCCCCCGGCUCCAAGGCCCCGGAGCCGCCCCCCUCCGCCCCAGCCGGGGCUCCACAGGAUCGUCCCCCCAGUGCCGAUGGCCACACUCCAGACACUGCCCCGGGGCAGGGCAGCCAGUGUGACAGCCCCAAGCAGCCAGCAGGGCAGGAGAGCCCGACGCUGCCGGUGCCCUCUGCCGUGAAGCAGUCCAGAUCAUCCAGUGAUAGCAAGAACCGUCACAAAAAGCCCAAAGAUACCAAACCCAAAGUAAAGAAGCUCAAGUACCACCAGUACAUCCCUCCAGACCAGAAAGCAGAGAAGUCCCCUCCACCCAUGGAUUCUGCAUAUGCCAGAUUGCUCCAGCAGCAGCAACUCUUCCUGCAGCUCCAGAUCCUCAGCCAGCAGCAGCAGCAGCAACAGCAGCAGCAGCAGCACUUCAACUACCCUGGGAUGCACCAAGGACAGCUGAAGCAAUCAAAUGAGCAAAUGGUCAAAAGUUCAAAUUCUUCAUCAACUUCUGGCAACAACACCCCUCUUUCUCCAGUGAAAACCACCUUUUCAGGCCAGACUUGUGUCUCAUCUAUCAAGCCAGGCCCUCUGCCGUCCAACCUGGAUGAUCUCAAAGUGUCAGAGCUGAGGCAGCAGCUCCGAAUACGAGGCCUGCCUGUGUCGGGUACCAAAACAGCGCUGAUGGAGCGGCUGCGGCCCUUCCAGGAGUGCAGCAGCAGCACGGUGCCAAACUUCAGUGAGAUCACCACCGUCACCUUCCCAGUCACUCCAACAAGCACCCUGUCCAGUUACCAGUCACAGUCCUCCACCAGCAUGUUAUCAAAUGGCUUCUACCACUUUGGCAGCACCAGCUCUACCCCACCCAUCUCGCCUGCCUCCUCUGACCUCUCUGUGAGUGGCUCUUUGCCCGACACCUUCAACGACGGGCCCAUGUCCUCUCCACAGUUCGGUCUCCAGCCAUCGCCGGUUCACGGCAGUGCUGAGGAAAGCCUUAUGAGCAGCAUGAAUGGAGGGAGCAUCCAGCUGGAACUGGAAGGAAUAGACACAGAAAAAGACAAGAUGCUGGUAGAGAAGCAGAAGGUCAUCAAUGAACUGACGUGGAAGCUGCAGCAGGAACAGAGGCAGGUGGAAGAGCUGCGGAUGCAGCUCCAGAAGCGAAAGAGAAGCAAUGGCCUUGAGGAGAAGCAGCAGCCUGCUCAGCAUUUCUUUGGUGUUCCCAUCAAACAAGAAAACACCGUGUCCAGCUGUCCAUUUGCAUCCAAACAAAUGGCCCUGAAAGGCCAGGCCGGCAGCUCGGAUAAGCUGAGUAACUGUGGGGUACCGCAGGUGCCCCACAUUGUAAAUAGCCACUGCUUGGAGCCCACGGGGCAGAGCACCAUCACCUCCUCGACAUUCCUGAGCCCGCAGUGCUCGCCCCAGCACUCUCCCCUGGGGGCUGCAAAGAGCCCCCAGCACAUCAGCCUGCCACCGUCCCCCAACAGCCACUACCUGCUCCCGGUGUCCCCCGAGGGCCGCAGCGGGUCCCCGCCGGGCAGCAGCUGCCUCCGCACAGCGCCGAUGGCUGCGCAGUCAGGCCAAAAGUUUUCUAUUUCAUCCCCAAGUUUUUGUAAGUCAUACCCAGCCCUGUCAGAGGUAAAGCAGCCUCCACCCUAUGAGGAUGCAGUGAAGCAGCAGAUGACACGAAGUCAGCAGAUGGACGAGCUCCUGGACGUGCUGAUUGAGAGUGGAGAAAUUCCUGCCAAUGCCAAGGAAGAUCGGUCCUGCCUCCAGAAAGUACCUCAGAUCAUGGUGUCUACAGGGAGCUCGGGUGCCUCUGUCGCCAAGGGCUCCGCCCCAUUCGAGCCGGUGUCCUCGGCGCCGCUGCCGUUCGAGCACUGCCCGGGCAGCAGCGACGCGCACCUGGAGGUGCUGCUCAAUGCCCACAGCCCCCUGGGCAGGGUCAGCGAGAUGGCCCUGCUGAAGAUGGGGGGAGAGGAGCCCCACUUCGAAGGGAUGAUGGAAGGGUUCUCCGGCAAAGCCGCGGAUGAACUGCUCAACUCCCAGGAGAUUUUACAGACUCCCCUGUCGCCCAUGGAAACCCAGCUGUCCCCUUCCCCUGCCGAAGGCUCCGGUUUACAAAUGAGUUUCACUGAGUCUCCGUGGGAAACGAUGGAGUGGCUGGACCUCACCCCCCCCAGCUCGGCCACCGGCUUCAGCUCGCUCACCCCCGCGGGACCCAGCAUCUUCAACAUCGAUUUCCUGGAUGUUGCCGACCUCAACCUGAACACCAGCAUGGACCUGCACCUGCAGCAGUGGUGAAGGGAUGUGCUGUGAGCCUG